GAUUGAUUGUUCUACCCCUGUUCCCACUCUCCCUACCCUCCCCGUACUCUGUGACCACCGGGACCUCUCAAGUACCACAUCAGUUCACACUGAUGUCGAUGGAACAGGACACCGGGGCACUGCCACGACGCAGUACCAGGCUUGCAGUUCGUACCCGCCCUGUGGUACCUCCAAGAACCAAGGCUCAGCAACAGCGACUCAGCAAGAGGAAAACUCCAGCAGCAUCAAGUACAGCAAUGACAGUACCAGCUACCAACGGGGUUCUUCCCGCAUGCCCGGUCCAAGGGGCCGGUGAGCCGUUGGCAGCUUACCUUCAGCGGGUACAGGCAUUCACUGAUGCCGUAGCUACCGCAAAGGUACAGGAGGAAGCGGCAGAGGCGGAACGUCAGCGGCUGGCUAGUGAGGCGGCAGCCCAAGCUCAGCAGACUGCUGAGGCUGACGCCGUGGUACGAGAUAAGCGGAACGCCAUUUGCAUAGAGUCCUUGACUAUGAAUGAGAGUCAGUGGACGACAAUGCUCCAAGGCAUGCUGUUUGUGCCUUCGGAAAGCCAGGCUCCGACACCGGCGGAGGAAGAAAGGAGCAACCUGGCUAACCUGAUGUUGAAUAUGAUGCGAGCGAUCAUGUGGAACAAUACGAUGUUAAUGGUGCAAAUACACGAGGGCAGACAACUGCGACAGAUUCAGCAGAAUGAUUCUGCAGCCUUAACAGCUGCCGUUCACGCUGCCGCCACACAUCAGCAACAACAGCAACAGCUGUUGAGCACCACCACUGCGCGCGUCAACAACAUCGAGGCUAAGGCCUCAGCAGCGCCAGGCUGCACGACAGACGCGACGAAGCAGCUCAACGAGCGCAUCGAUCACGUCGUCACUAUCAUCGACAAACUCAGUGAUUUCACCGGUCCGGCUACGAUCAGCAGCACGGUGGCCGCCAUCAAGACGGACAUCACCAAGCUGCAGUCGCAACCGGCAGCAGCUGCGAAGGUAUAUAAGAUGCCAUGGUUCAACAUCGGCAAGUUUGAGGACUACAACAAGACAGACGCUUUGACAUGGUGGCAAGCCUUCCUCACGGAAGCAUCAUGCCACAAGGUCCCAGCCGAAGACAUGAUGAAGGCCAUAUACCUCCAACUCAUUGGAGGGGCACAAGCAUGGAUGAACCACCUCGCAGUUAGCAAGAAGACCACGAUCGCCGAGCUACACAAACAUCUCACGUGGGAGGAGUUUGAACAGCUGUGAGUCACUCGCUUCAUGGUCCGCAACGUCGUAAAGGUGGCCAUGAACGAGGUCUACACAUGCUCACAAGGAAGCAUGCCAACUCGAGACUGGACAAUCAAGUGGCAGAAGAUAG